AUGCCCGAGGACAGGGAGUGGGGGCGGGGCCUUCCCAACGGCUCCUUCACUGGCAUGAUCGGGAUGUGUCAGCGGAAGGAAGUGGACAUGGCACUGGGGCCCUUCGGAGUGACGUGGGAGCGUGCCCAGGUUGUGGACUUCUCAUCCACGCUUUACGUCGACGGCUUUGGGAUUUUCCUGCCGCGGCCACGUCAGGAGAGAGACUUAGCUGGCUUCACUAACCCUCUCGCUUGGCAGGUAUGGGCCACUCUUGGGGCUGUCUUCCUUUUUACACUCGCCCUAGGUGUUGUUAUGAACUGGUUGGCCAGGCGGUGCUUCAAGCCAAAGGAUGACGCUGCUGUGGACGAUCAAGGCGAUGUUGUUUUACGCCCCCUCUGGGUCGUGCAGGCUUUGCUCAUUGAACGUGAGUUUGGGGCCGUGAUCCUUUCAGUACUGUGGGGCAAACAACUACCUUUGGUAGCCCCUUCAGAGUCUAUUGCCAUCGAGAAGCCCCCAGGACGCCCCAGCAGCCGCGCCCUCCUCGCCGCUUGGCUCCUGGCCGGCCUCAUCCUCAGCUCGGCGUACAGGGGCGUGCUCACCUCCCUGCUUGCCGUGCCCAGGGUGACCGUGCCCGUCGACUCUCUCGAGGACCUAGUCAGCUACGGCAAGAUCCCCUGGGCCAACGAGAAGGGCACGUCGCUGCAUCAGCUCUUUGGGGACGCCACAUCGGGCUUGUAUAAAACGAUCCACGACGAAGGGACGCUGGUCGUGAAUGCUUACGAGGCGAGGGAGAGGAUCAAGACGGAACGCAUGGCUGUCCUGUGCUCUCUGGACAUGACUACAAAUGAAGUUAGAUAUGACGAUGGCAUAUUCCUACGUCUUAUGUAG